GCGCGCCCGUUGUAAUCGGUCAGUGUGUAUCUGCAGUUGUCCGAAGUCACAUGUCACAUCGCAUUAGCUUUACACAAACAACGCAUUUUACUGCCCAUCUUUGAUUCCAUGAAACAGUGCAAUAUGUUGUCUUUAAUAUCAUUAACCGUGCUUCUAGCCAGUGUUAACGCUAAGUUUUAUACAGACUGUGGAUCGAAGUUAGCGAGUGUGCAAGAUAUGACAGUAAGUGGGUGUUCACCAGAUGCUAAGGAGUGUGUCCUGAAGAGAAACAGCAAUGCUACAUUUAGCAUUGAUUUUACUCCAGCGGCGGACACAAAAACUUUAGAGACAGUGGUUCACGGGAUAAUAAUGGAUCUUCCCGUACCAUUCCCUUUGCCACAACCUGAUGCGUGUAAGGACAGUGGAAUUAGUUGCCCUUUGAAGGCUGGUCAACCGGCCAAAUACAAAACGACACUCCCCGUGCUGAGGUCCUACCCAAAAGUGAGAGUCAACGUAAAAUGGGAAUUGCAAAAUGAAAAAGGGGAAGACUUAGUCUGCUUGCUAAUACCAGCCAGGAUCAACUAAUUCCGACACGAAAACUUAUACUUACACAUAGUUAUGUACAGAUAAUGUUAUAUUUUAUAAUCGUAAAAUGUUGUGUAGCGUAAGAGUUGCUAAAUUUGACAUAGUUAAGCAGAAAGGACUCGAACCACACAAAGCCACAUUUGAUGGACAUUUGAAGUUUCAGCUCUAAAUAAUCAUCCAUAUUAUAAAAAUCCUAUAUAAAAUCUAGCUGACCCAGCAAACGUUGUAUUGCCAAUUAAAUUAAUAAAAAAAAAUCUUGGGGUAUAGAAAUAGAUAACGACCGAUUCUAAGACCUACCAAAUAUAUCGUACUACAAUAUUAUUGUAUUCGAUUGCCAUCUUGCAACCCUAUAGCGGAUUUGUGGAUGGAACAGAAUAAUAUAAAAUCGCGAUACAAAAAUAGUUGUAGAUCGUAGAAGGGCGAAAACGAAGGCGUAAAAACAAAAAAAUACGUCCCAAAAAAUAAAAAAUGAAUUUAGGGGUGUCCGAUUCUCCACCCUAGCCGAUAUGCACGCCAAGAUUCACGAAAAUCGAGCCGUUUCGGAGGAGUUCAAUUACGUACACCGUGACACGAGAAUUUUAUAUAUUAGAUAAAAAAAAGGUUUCCUUGUACAUUUUAAAAAUAGGGUUUUCACUACAUGACAGUACCGACUUUCAGGAGUACGAUAGCACACCUAACUCUAUUUUGACCAAAGUGGAGUUAACCGAGUCUUUUCUGCUCAACUACAUCGAAUUAAAGUUCCCGAAAUAGGAAUCUAUUAGUGUUACCAAAGACUUAGAAUGUACUAUCGUGUAGACUACCUAACAGCCCGAUCAUUUGAUGUGUCAAUGUGUGCAUUGGUUAGUGGUUUAUUAUUCAAUAUACUAAUGCCAUGAGUGGCUGACUGUUUACGACUUUUCAAUCAAAUGUGUUAGAGCAAUUAGAAAUAAUAAAACACAAAAAUAACAUGUUAGUCCCGUCACCUUUGUUACGUAUCUCUUCCGGGGGUAAUACGUCACAAUAGCCGACCAAUCACAGCGCGUCAUUUCAUGGGACGAGGGUAUAAAAGAGCGGCUUCCGGCUAAUUUGUUUCAGUCUCGUGCCAGAUUUUGGCGAGACAACACGUGCUGAGGAUGCCUCGUGUAGAGGCGAAACACGUGUCAAAUUGUUUAAAGACGGAAAAAAUAUUGGCGGAAUUAACACUAAAGAAAACUCAAGUCAUUUAUAUAAUCAAAAUCGGUUACAUAAAAUUGCUGUAUCUCCGUUAGAAAUAUUCUCUCUCGCACGCUUUCUUAAUCUAUACGUUAGUAUAUUGUAAGUCUAUGUUGUUUAACGGCCGUUUUCAAUAACCUUUCUUUCCUUAGUUUAACUUACUAGAGUCCUUACUAUCCUUUUAAGCUUACUUACAUUUCAAUAACCUAUCGACAUAAAGCAUUGGACUAUAACUAUAUUGGACAUAACUAUGGAUAGAUAAGAUCUUGUCAGCAAUGUAUCCGGAACUAGAGAUACGUUAUUGAAAACGGCCGUAAUUCGUUCGGUAAGUAGGUAAACUGUGUGCUGUUGUUGCAAAACAAAGUUAAUCAUAGUCCUUUGAAUAAGUUUUGGAAAGAUUAUAGUGAAAAAUUUUAUAAAACUAUGCAGAACUUACACAUUUAAGAACCGAGAAUUAGAUUUAGUUUUUAUAUUGUGGGAUAAUUAUUUUCAAGAUUAAAAAUUAAAACGAAAUAAAUGUUCAAUAAAU